CCCUUUACCCGAUUACCCGGCGUUCAACUUGCAGAGACUCACUCCCAGGAUAAAUAAAGCAACUUGGCUCCGGGAAAUACAUACAAACGAAGCAGCAUCGGCGCUGGUCUAGUCUGAGUAUGAUCACAUUCUCGCGUGUUCCUCGCAAUUAUCAUUCCCAUCAAAGCCUUCCACAUCAUCACAUCACCACGAUCAGCCACUUCAGCCGAGCUAGAGAAAUUGACAGAGAUCGGCUUGCGAGAAUUGAGAGAUAUCGAGGACGACCAAAUGCGGCUCAGAAGUGUUUACUGUACGUCCAUGACACCAAGAACGACCGCAGCUCUCUCGCGCCCAAUGUAUUCUUCAAGUCAGCAUAUGCCUACAUGCUGAUGGGCGAUGCCGCUGCGAGUGAGCGGCAGAUCCGUCAACUUCUUUCCGUUCCUGAGGAGAAAGGCCAAGCAAAUUGAUCGUCAUUGUGCGCAACCUAGAUGACGGUCUAUAUCGACAGAGCAAGGCAUCGGAAUCUUAGGAUCUGAGAAAUCCUAAUAGCUGUUCAUGCAAAAUCUUGCGAUACUGACUAGCGAAAAUGCACCUAAAGACGAGAUCUGAAUCGAGCCUUAGUGAAAGCACCGCCUUCGGACAUCCUCCGGACUUCGAAUUUGCUAGCAUAAGCUAUGGCUGCGAGCUAGGUGCGCGUUUCUUGCCCUUCUUGGAUUGCGGUCUCGGAUUACGCGACAGAAUCGCAUGGAAGAUAGGAAGCAGUAUGGUGAUCAACUCUGUUGCUUGGCGCAAAGCUGGGUAGGCGGGAUGUGGCUCACCAAGGCGAGUGGCGAGUAUGGCAAAAAUCGGAUCGAAAUCGUUCUUCAGGUCGGGAGCCGGCAGAUCUGUUGGUUUCAAGAUUCGUGGUGGAUUCGGGGUACUUACUAUGGGUUGCGAUAUCCUGAACUAUCGAAGCUGACUAGCAGAUAGAAGGUAAUGUUCGUGUGGGGGGUGACCGGCACACUUUCGAAGCAAAUGUCGUUCGCUGGUCUGCAGUAUGAUUAGAAAGAAGCUGCCGGUUAGGAGGUUCAGACAUCAAGAUAGUAGUUGACUAUAGCCGCUCGGCGAACAAAACAAGAGCGCAGCAUGAAGGGUUCGUUUUCUCAACUUCAAAAGAUUGUUCGAUUGCGCAGUUGUUGCCAGUCACACUCUUUCAGCUCCAGUGCAGACCUCGCUCGCUGUCUCUGUAUCACUGUUUCACGGCCUCAUCAAAAGACCUUUCCUCUGAUACUACCGGCAGCCUCUUGAUGAAGGGAACGCGAUCGAUGCACCAUUGCUCGGUGUCCGGCGUCCAAGUGUCAAAGUCGUCCAAAGUACCAGCAGCCACACUGACAAUUUCAUUCCAAAGCGGAGUGAAUGCGAAGAGCUUGCUAGCACAUCGAUCGCACGAGACACGCUUCAAGCUCGUGCCGCUCCCGGUGUUUGUGUCCAAGUACACUUUUUGAUGUUCUUCCCCUGCUGUGAUUCGAAAGCCAUCCUUGGGACAUAUCGAGGCGCACAAGAAGGCUGAGCCCGUGACGCGUCGGCAGUUCAGGCAAUGGCAGACUGCAGAAAGAAGAUUAUCAAUACUCGCAUAUCGCGGCCAUCGCGGUAAAUACGCAGUCACCAGUGUUAUAGUAUGGCUUGAGCGCGGCGCCGCUAAGCUCAUACUUGACUGUUCCGCAGAGACAUCUCCCAGUUCUGGAUGCCGAGCUCAUGAUAGGAGAAUAAUGACGCUGUUUAAGUUGCGUAGGUUGCUGUUGCCAUCAAGGUCUUGCUGGUCGUCUGCCUGCAGACAUCUCUGGGUCGUCUCCGCAUAUGCAUUGUGAAAAGUCCCGAGGCU